UGGGCAUCGGCAAAAACGAGAAUUCGAUAACACCGAAGAAAGAGCGAAGUUGGAAGUGUGUAUUCUCUUGUGGGAUUGUCUUGAUUGCUGAGAAUUCCAAACGUGAUGGCUGCUCUGCCCGGAUCCUUCUCUCCAAUCCAUAAUCCUCAAACCCACUUCUUAUCCGGUUCUUUCAAGCCUGACCGAUGUCUUUUGAACAUUAGCUCCAAUGAUCCGUCUUCAGGUCCCACUUUUCAGGGUAAAGCAAAACUCACUACUUAUAAGAGGCGAUUUACAGUCCGAGCAGGUGGGGAUGGUGGAAAACCAAGUAGUGCAAGUAUCUUUGUGGGUGGCUUUGUACUGGGAGGCAUAGUUGUUGGAGCAUUAGGCUGCAUAUACGCACCCCAGAUAAGCAAGGCACUAACUGGAACUGACAGAAAAGAUCUGAUGAGGAAGUUGCCAAAAUUCAUAUAUGAUGAGGAAAAGGCUUUGGAGAGGACCCGCAAAAUUUUAACUGAGAAGAUUGCACAGUUGAAUUCUGCCAUAGAUGAUGUUUCUGCUCAGCUGCGUGCGGAUGAUGCCCCAAAUGGAGCUGCAGUGAAUUCUGAUGAAGUUGAAGCUUCUAUAUAACAUAAUACUUGUCCAAAUUGCAAUAUAAACAACUAUCACGAGUUACAUGUGAUUACUACUGGAAAAUAAUGUUAUACAUAUCUUUUAAUCCUUUUAAUUUUCUAUUGGGUGGAUGGAUUCAGGUUGAUUGUUGAAGAUUGUAGCAGCAAAACCAUCACAAUUGCUGGAACCUCUUUACUUUA